UUGGUAUUAUUCCAUGCUUCUGGUAUAUUUUUAUCUGGUCACAUCCGUUAUGGCAACUUUACGUAAAACCCCAAUUCUCGUAGGAAGCCUGCAGAGAAGUUUCGCCUCAGCUGCAAGGGCGAAACCCACCAAAUCUGGCUCUAUAUCUGCUGUCGGCGAAUCAAUUGCCGCCAAGGGUUUCUUGCGACCCCUCAAGCCGUACUCCCCACCCAAAGAUGCAGCUGACCGUAUACGCACCGUGGCCGCCUCACUUCAGUUGAAAUCCGAUCAGUUGGGGAGUCUCUCCGAGAAGUUCGAGUUCCUAAACGCCUGCUUCCAAGAGCUGCAGCACGGAGUUCCCAAUUCCCAGGUCCAUGAGCUGCGUACCAUCAGCGAUGUUAUCGCCUUCUACCAAACAUCCGUGAACACCACCGUUCCUUUGGACGCACUAAAGCGCGUAGAGCUACCGGAGAAUCUGCACAUCCAGUACGAGUACGUGCGCUUCAAUCCCGAGACAGACACCAAAUUCAACGGACAGACUGCCUUCCCCAAGAGCUCCACGCUGGUCACGGGUCUCAAGUACCGUGGCAAGUACCAGGGACACGAGGCCAAGCGAUCCUGGCCUUAGGAACACCCUUUCUGUUAGUUGUUGAAUACGAUUCUAACCAAUCUAUUAGUGAAUAGGUAAUACAUUUAUUAAAUGCCAGGAAUAUGUAGAAA